GUCCCCGCGGAAGUUUGGCCGCUCUCCGGCGCCGUAGCGGCCGAGCCGGGCGGGAAGUGCGAACGGGCCGCGGCGGGGCUCAGACCUUUGGCAGGCUGAUAUCCACUGAGGUCUCCAGAAGCCGAACUUCCCUUUCAGCUGUAGAAGCAGAGAUUCUGUUUGAAAUUAAUUUCUGUGGAAUCCUAUCGUGUAUGGAAGUGCGUGCUGCAGUGUCUAAGCCCUUCUGUCUAAGGGAUGCCUGAGAGCCAGGGGAAGGACAGUGAGAGCAGCAGCAGCAGCAGCUGCUCCAACACUUUGGACUCAGUGGCUUCCUUUGGACAGUACCAGUACACAGCCAGCGAGUACCGAGCCAUCCAGCACGCCCUGCGCCAGAGGCUGGGCCCAGACUACAUCAGCAGCCGGCAGGCAGGGGGAGGCCAAAAGGUCUGUUACAUUGAGGGUCACAAGGUCAUCAGUCUGGCCAAUGAAAUGUUUGGCUUCAAUGGCUGGGCUCAUUCAGUCACUCAGCAGAAUGUUGACUUUGUUGACCUCAACAAUGGCAGGUUCUAUGUGGGUGUCUGUGCUUUUGUGAAAGUUCAGCUUAAGGAUGGGUCAUACCAUGAAGAUGUGGGAUAUGGAGUCAGUGAAGGCCUGAAGUCUAAAGCCUUAUCCUUAGAAAAGGCACGAAAGGAGGCAGUAACAGAUGGACUGAAGAGAGCACUCAAGUGCUUUGGGAAUGCUCUUGGGAACUGCAUCCUGGACAAGGACUACCUGCGAGCCGUGAACAAGCUCCCCCGGCAGCAGGUACCCCCUGAGUUAGACUUGGUCAAAGCUAAAAUACAGGACUAUGAGCCUGAAAUAGAGAAAGCAAGAUACAGCAGCUAUGUGGAAAGGCAGAACACAGCAGGGAGACAGCACUGUGAGGUGACACCUGGCUGUAAGCCUGGCCAGACAGAGGCUGCUGUAGUGACAGCAGAUCAGAAACAGCCCAAUGCUCCCAGAAGCACAGACUCCCUGGCCAUGGAGUGUGAUGCCACUUACCAGAGGAAGCUGCGCCAGCAGCGGCUGCAGCAGCAGUUCCGGGAGCAGAUGGAGAAGAAGCAGCAGGUGCCAGGAGUUACUCCCAGCAGCAAACAGGCAACAUCUGAUCCUGCUGUGGAGCACAGCACUGCAGCAGAAGUGCAACAGGAGCUGGUGAUAGAAGAGGAGUUCUUUGCAGAUGAUCCUGAACUUUGGGACAUCCCCUUGGAGGUCAUGGGUGCCAAAAUAGCAGAGCCCUCCUCAGCUGCACAGCAGGCACCCAGGACACCCCACGGCCAUCAGCAGAGGGGCUCCCACAGCAGGACACCCCGCAGGGGGAGCCAGCACAGAGCUGCUGCCAGGCUGGCACAGCUGCAGCCCCCUGCUGCAGCCCCCAGCACCAGCUGUGCCCACCAGCACACCCCAGGGUGCAGCCCACUCGGGAGAAAUCAGAGCUUGAAGAAAAGGAAGCUGGAACCUGUGUGAGGCACCUCGUGGCACCUGUGCCUCUGUCAUGGAUUACAUCACAGGGCUGCAGCUGGCUUUCCAAAUUGUGUCACACGGACUCUGCUGUACAUUAUGGUGAAGCAACAGAGAAGAGUUUCACACAAUCAGCAAGAACUUCAUGUACUCUUAGUUAUUAUGUAUUUCAGAUUCCUUUUUUUACAACCAUGCCAUUAUUUGUGCUCUGCAGCACGAGACAUGCCGUAUUACAAGUGGAUAUUACCUGUAAAUUGUACCAGAAUGGAUUGUUAAAAAUGAGCUGUAAUUCAUAGCUUGUCUCUCCCUCAAUGCUGCAUUCCAGCACAGAGAUGAGAGAUUUUUAGUAGGAUGGGGAGCAGGGGGGUCGUGGCCAGGGGACAGAAGGGACAAGCUGUGGCUGUGGCUGAGGUGCAGCCCCGCCCUUUGCCGCGUCUGCAGGGGCAGAGCCCCAGUUCCUGAGGCUGUUCCGAGCCUGUUCCCAUUCCCCAGCCUGUGCCCCAGGGCAGGAACGUGCCGGGGCUGCUGCCAGCCCGCACACGGCAGCCCCAGCCCCGUGCCUCCUCCAAUCCUCUGGAGCUGCACUGAUGUUUUUAAGUAAGUUUCAACCCCUUUCAAUACAGAAAUAAACAUGAAUUUGAAAAACAAACCCCGCUGGGAGCUGUUGGUGCCUCUCUGCCCUGCAGCCACUCCACCUCCUUCCCUGCUGAAGGGGCAGCACUUUGGGAUGGGCAAACAGAAACCUCGCAGGGGGUCAGAGGCCGCAGCAAAGCCAAAAGCUGCUCGGUCCUAAUGAGCAGGCCAAAGGAAGAAUUUGUAAGCUGUACUGGAAGAACACUCCCUCCACCUGGAGCAGCUCGGUGCAGGAAAGGGAGGGGCUCUGGGCUGGCCGGUUCUGGUCCCUGCAGUUCCGGGCGGCACCACGGCAGGGCUCAGCUCUGCUGGCAGGAGUGCCGCUGUCCCCAGGAGGCCAUGGGGGGAGGCAAGAGUGAUGCCACAUCUGGAAGUUCGAGGAAAACCAGGAAAAUUUACACAAACCAACCCUGACAUCAAUUUCAGGCCUCAAAUGGGAUCUUACUCCCAUGGUUUGCCUCACUGAUCUAACUGUAAAGACAUUUGGAAUAUUCAGCAUUUAUUCCUCUUCCUCCUACUCUGCCUUCAUCACUUAAUCAGUCCUUUUCCCUUAAAAGAUACUCUACUGUCCAGGACAAAGAGCAGGAUUGGCUUCAGCGUGGAAAGACAGGACAAGCUGUAAUUGACAGUAAUAGAUUACAUCUAGAAAACAGUUCCACAUUUCCCCGUGCUUGCUCCUGGCCAAUUCAGCGCUGCCUUCAGAAAAGCUCAGGGAAGAAGCACAUUCCACAUGUUUGAGUCAUACCCUCGCUGUUGAAACCAUAUACCUGCUAGGAAGGGAGCCUGCAGACCUUCCCAAUUACUGAAUUCAAACUGCCCCAAACCUUCACAAUGAAAAAAAUUCCAAAGUCUGAAACAGAAACGUAACGGCCUCAGCUUGUUGGCUCUGGAAACUGCAAAUAUUGCGGUGCCUCCCCUAAUAAAGUCACUGCCAUGAGCCUCUCGGGAUUGGUCCCUUUGAAAAGGGCAGGAAAACUUACACUGGGAGCUUUUUUUUCCCUCGGAGGCUUGCGCAGCAUGACUCAUAACAGAAGCUGUGCUUAAAAUGGAAAGAAAUGCCGCAGCAAUUAGUGUUUAGAAAUACCAAAUUCCUGCAAGUCUGCAGUUGGGAAUGGCGAGGGGAAGUUGUUCACUCUUGACCGUUCCAGUUGCAACCCGAGGACUGAAUUCCCGUUUUCAAGGUGGCUGAGGAGUCCCUUGUCCCUGCUCACAUCCAGCCCAGAAACACCCCGCUCAUCCCUCAGUGCUACAAGCAAGCACAGGCCACUCCCUCCCUCCCUCCACCUCUGCUUCCACCAACUGUGGAAAACACAACUGACUACAGCCAGGGAAGCCCAAAGUUUCAAUUAAUUUUAUUUUUUUUAUUUUUAUUUUUACAGUGUACAUUGUUAAAUAAUGUAAAGAAAACGCUUGUAAUUCAGAAACAGAUUUUAUGUGGAAAAAGAUACUCAAAGUGUAAUAUUAAACAAAAUAAUUUAACAGUUCAGUAGCAUUAGUUUAUUCCUCUAGACUUCAGUUAUUCAUCCACAGGAGGAGAGGGAGGGAGAAAAAAAAAAAAAAAUCAAUGGUAAAUAAAACCAGUUCUUGCAUAACAUUAAGUGAAAAAACGACCUCAAACUUAUUAGAUCAAAUUUAAAUAACCAUGUGCUGCAUCCAGCUGACCAGCUCCUCUGCCACGAAUAUUGCCCUUGUCUCAUUACUGCCUCAGCUCUGUCCCUGCUCUUGUUUCCCUGCAUCCAUCCAUCCAUCCUUCCAGAGAUUCCUGCCUGGCUCAGCCCCGGGCUCGCUGCUCUCCUGCUCCCCCUGGAGCCCCUCCUCUCCUCUGGGCCUGCCCUGCUGCCACAACUGCUGCAAAACGAGGGACAGGAGCACAAAGCAUCUCGUUUCUUUGUGAAAAAGGAAGAGUGAGAACAUCUGCAGACACAAAAACUCCCUGUUAAGGCCCCAGCAGGGAACAGGCUCUGAGAUUAAAACAAACAUGGACAAGUAACACCCUGUGAUGCACCAGCCUCCAGGAUGCUGGUGAGCUGCUCCCAAGCACCAGGAAAGCUGCACCCUCAUCCUUCACAGCUUUCUGCAGCACUACAUAAAUACUGGCUGGUAUUAUUUCGACUUUGAAGAGGAAACCAGUAUUUCUUAAAUAGGAAAAGGGAGAAUGACCAAAGCAGAAGAUACAGUACAGGUACUAAGAGGUGACAAGUGACAGACAGUGACAGUCCUGGUACCAGCUUGAAAUUUGUUAAGAGUGAACAAAAUUGUAAAUCCUCCAAGACAGACAGAGGAAACUUCUUGAUGCCGGCUGUUUCAAGUACAUCCAUUGCCGGCAAUGGACGUUGCACCAGGACAGUCUGUUCCUGGCUUAAAUGAAUUUUACCAAAAAAAACAAA